ACAAACUCUUUGUCUGUCUUUUUUUUUUUUUUUUUUUUCCUGAGUUGUUCUUCCUUUUAUCGAUCAUGUGGGUUUCUUGCUUGCGAUGUUCUCCCAUUUUUCGUAAUUUUUUUCGACUCCAGAAGAUGGAACUUUGGAUGGAAUUUCUUUGGUGGGUUUGCCAGAGAUCCGCAAAAGGACGCCCCAGUUGCUCGUCAACAGGCUUUCAGGCGGCAGUCAGGAGCAACGUGUCUGCGUGAAAGCUGAAAGCUACCAACACCAAGGCGUGCGGUGACUCACUCACUCACUCACUCUACACUGUGAGAAGAAAAGAAAAUCUCACUUCCUCGGCAUUUGCGCAUAGGAAACUCACCACUAGAUUCCCAUUCUUGCUUAUCUUAUGGCUGUAGAUCGAAGAAAACAACUCCAUGAUCGAUCGAUCCAUCGCCAAGCUAGCUAGGAAGGACGAAAGCUCCUAAGAAAAUGGAAGCUUUGGUAGAGAUGGCGGCACGGGUUAUUGUGAGUACGAGCGAGCGAGCAAGAAAAAAGGAGAGGGAUCAAAGAAACAAGCAGUGAAAAGCGAGAGAUUCGCUGGCAUGCCCUGUCCGUUAUCGCGGAGCGGAGGUUUUUCUUCUCUUUCUUUUUUCUCCCUUUUUUUCUUCGUCUCAGUUCUCACUUAGCCGAACUAUAGAACUAUAGCCUUAGAAAAAUCUCGCACAGCGAUCAAAGAAGUGCGUCGAAAGGAUCGAUUAAAAUGGUUUUCUUCUUCUUUGGUCUUGUUCUUCCUCGGCAACCUCACCGACCCUCUGAGAGGAGGAGCGAUCCUAGCUAGGAUCGCAGCAUUUGGGCUCGCGGAUCGAGCCAGGAAACGAUCUGGGUCGUGGUCAUUCCAUCCCACCAGCGCCGAAUCCCAGAUGGGUCUCCUGGCACUGCUCCUGUGCUGCGAGAGGAAGCUCAUCUUCUUCCACAGAUCUUCAUCGCGGGGCUCCAGGCGAUUCCGGUGGGAGGAGGCCAAUUCGUGGUGGAUCUCGGGAUGGAUCGCGCCUCAGGUAUGGUGGUAGCAUUUGCUCGUGUGGAGGUGGAGUAGGAUCAUAGAUUAUACAGCAUAGAUGAUAGAUCUCCCACUUUAAAUCCAUGGGCUCCAAGAAGGAAGGAAGCUUUGCGGGAUGGCUCCAGAGAGUCCGCAAGACAGGCGAGCACAGCGAUCUCACAGUCAAGAUCCAAGGCCAGGAAUUCAAGCUCCAUAUCCUCCCGCUCGUCAACGAAUCCACUUACUUCCAAUCCAUCAACUCCGCCACCUCCAAUUCCAAUCCGGAUUCUUCCACCACCGCCACCACCUCCAGCUCCAGCUCUUCCGGCGGAGAAGCAUCCACCGCCAAGCUCGAUCAUCAAGAUAAAAGAAAACACCACCGCCACCAUCGCCACCACCACCACCACCAACAGAUCAAAGAGGUGGCCAUCGACGAGCUCCCUGGCGGUGCCGCCGCCUUCUCCAUCGCCGCCGACUUCUGCUACAUCAUCCGGCCCAGCUUCACCACCGCCAACGUUGCCGCCGUGCGCGCCGCCGCCGAGUUCCUGGGCAUGGCCGAUCUCAUCGACAGCACCAAGAAGUUCCUCUACUCCAACGUCUUCUUGAGCUGGAAGUCGUGCGUCACCUUUCUCCGCGAGUACCAACCGAUCUAUCCCUCCACCGACGAGUAUAUCGAAUUGCGAGCUCUCAAGGUGGUGACCGCGGCAUGCACGAAGGCGUUCCUCGACACCAAGCACGUCUCAGUGCCGAUCUCCUCGCUCGCCAUCGCCGCCAGCGCCAGCGCCUCCACCACCUGGCACAGCUCCCCCAGCGCCAACCUCAAGGACGCUUUGAUCGCGGUGGCGCAGCUCCCCGAUCGCUACUCCAUGCAGCUCCUCGAUCAGCUCGUUGCCUCGGAUACCAACUUGAACAUCAAGUGCCGCCAGUCGAGGAGCGUCCGGGAGUGGAUCGACUAUCUCCUCCGGAGCGAGUGCAAGAGGAUCAAGCCCCGGAUCUGGAUUGUGCUGUGCCUGGCCAGGAUGCUGCUCAAGAACGCUCCCAGGAAGCGGCCAUGGCUGGAGCUCUCGUCGCAGUACUGGUGUAGCUUGCUGGAGCACGCGGCGGGAUUGAUGGCGCAGACGGACGAUCCGGCGGCGAGGGCGAGCUUGGCGGCGGUGAAGGCGUCGCUCCAGCGGCGGAUUGGAGCGAGCUUGCACGAGCUCGAUGAUUACAUCCAGGCGUACAGCUUCGAGCCGGAGACGCUGCUCGCGCUGGUGAGGCACUUCAUGGCCGGGAGGAGGAGGAGGAGGAGAGGUAGAAUUAGCUCGUCGAGCCAUGCAGCGAUGGAGGACGAGGAGAUGGAGGACCUGGACGACAAUCCGGAGGAGGAGGAAGAGGUUGAUCGUGAAGAAGUUGAUGUGGAGCAAGGGGAGGGCGAGAUCGAGGCGGUGGCGAGCGAGGUUGACGGGUGCUUGUGGGGAUACGCCGAGAGCGGCGUGAUCUCGUGCGAGACUUUUGUGGCGCUGGAGCGGGCAUUUCCUCCGGGAUCGCGCGGGAACCACGACAUGCUCUACUCGGCGGUGGAGAAGAUGAUCGCCAAGAACAGGCUCGGUGGCGACGAGAUCCACAAGCUGUGGAGCUUCGUGGAUUGCUCCAAGCUCAGCUCGGGUGUGUAUGACAAGGCGAUGAGGAACGCCUCGUAUCUCUGCCAGCCCCAUGUCCUCGAGUGUGUGCUGCGAAGGCACAGCGAGGAGCUCGAUGGCGAUCACGGUGGCCACCAUGCUUCGUCCAUCGACUUUCGGGAUGUCAUGCACAAGGUGAUCAAGGCGAGCCUGAAGCUGCUCGAGGAGAACUCGCGGAGGUCGAAAGAGAUCAAGGAGCUGCAAAAGCAGUACGCGGGGCUCGUGAGCUCCGGGUUCAAGGUUUAUCCGGCUGGGGAGGACGAUGGUGGUGAUGGUGGCCAUGGCCGGGGCGAGGAUGAUAGUGUUGACGAUAGUAACAGCACUGGGGAUGAUGAUAACUACGUUGUUAUUCCUCCGGUUCCACCUCGCAGUGAGAUCACAGAGAUCAAAGCUGAGAGAACUUAGAUGGUUUGGGUGGCGGCAUUUUUUGUGUAGAUACUAGAAAGGUUAAAAGACAGAUUCUUCAAAACUUUCUGUUCUCCAGAUAGUGGAUUCUGCCGCCGUUGCCCUGUAUGGGCAAAUGCAGAAGUGGAGGUCUGUGACACUCUUUAAGUACCACAUUUUGGCGAGGUGAUAGUGCUUAAAUAUAUGUGUUUUUCACUGUU